AUUCUUAAACCCUAAGAGCGUGUCGAUAAAAAAAACCAAACACGAAAGCUGCAACAUCGAUCGACAUCAAUCUUCUCUUAGUAGAUCUCGUUCUCGCUCUAUAGCAAAUAUGAGACCUCCCAAAACAGGACGUGGUGGUGGUGGUAGUGGCGGUGGAAGAGGUUUAGCCAGAGGCGGUGGAGUAAGUUCCACAAGAGGCCGCGAAAGUGGCCGUGGAAGAGGGCCAGGAAGAGUAAAAGGUCGUGAAAGUGAAUCCGGCAGUGGAAUUAAGGGAGGAAGCAAAGUGUUAGUGACACCACACAGGCACGCAGGAGUGUUUGUUGCCAAAAGUAAAGCAGAUGCUCUUGUCACCAAGAACUUAGUUCCUGGUGAAAUCAUUUACAAUGAGAAGAGAAUCUUUGUUCAGAAUGAAGACCGAUCUACAGUUGAAUACAGAAAACCUGGUGUUAAAGUUCUUUACCUUGGUGCUUCUUCUGGAUACACUGUAUCUCAUGUCUCUGACAUUGUUGGUCCAGAGGGAUGUGUUUACGCUGUUGAGCAUUCUGAUAUAUGUGGUAAAGUUUUGAUGAACAUGGCGGAGAAGAGAACUAAUGUUAUACCUAUCAUUGAAGAUGCUAGAGAUCCUGCCAAGUACAGAAUGCUUGUGGGCAUGGUUGAUGUCAUAUUCUCUGAUGUUGCUCAGCCAGAUCAAGCUAAGAUAUUAAGUCUCAAUGCUUCUUAUUUCCUCAAAUCUGGUGGUCACUUUAUGAUCUCUAUAAAGGCGAAUUCUAUAGACUCAACAAUUGCAGCAGAAACAGUGUAUCAGAUGGAAGUGGAGAAGCUGCAAAUGGAAGAGUUGAGACCAACAGAGAUAUUGCAUCUUGACUCUUGUGAGGAAAAGCAUGCUUGUGUUUUUGGUGGAUAUCGCUUGCCUAGGAAGCAAAAAGCUGAUUCUGCUGUUUAAUUAGGAAUCUAAUCUCUAUACUUAGUUUGUGAUUAUUAUAAGAUUUUUCAUAUACAUUCAUGACGCUUUAUUUAUAAAAAAAAAGUUAUUUG